AUGAGCCUUCAUUAUGGACAGUUUUUUGGCUCAGGAAAUGAUCCCAAUAUUUAUGUUACCUUACGAGGUCACAAUUUUGGUGGUCACAACGGCGAAACUGUCCUGAUCCCGUACCAUUACUUAUCGGAUUGGCAGGACUUUGUCUUUUGUUUGUCUUCCUAUUUUCCUCAGUCGGUGAUUUUCCAACUCAACAAGUACCCAUGGGAAGCUGUUACUAGUCAUGGUCAUUACAGGAUCACGCCGACAAACUGGCACGCAUUUGUUGGCCCUGGCUCAAACGUUGUCAUCAGACGUGAUAAAGUAAGAUUCAAUGACAAUCAAUAUCGCCGAAAUGAGUUAUCCAUCAUGAAUAAUCCCAUGGGUAUAUUUUUUUCUCCAGAUGGCUACCCAAACAUGAGCACUGGAAUGAAUAGGGGUAUGGGAGCCGGCAUGUUAAUGGGAUCUGGUAUGCCGAUGGGGUAUAAUCGUUUCCCAUUAGAAAGGAGAAGGAGAUUGAAUGGGUUUGCUAAAUGGUUUGUUGGCUGA